AUCAGGACACAACCGUAACCGCACCGCGCGUGUCAUUCCCCCUGCGUGCAUUUUUUCGAGCGGAGUGGCUUACAUUUCCACAUACUUAUCAGAAGUUAGUCACUGACAAAGUGAUGUUUUCUUCCCAUGUUGAGACUAUCCGAGUACUAAAGCAUAAUGCUUCUGAAGUGAAACCCUAAUGAUGAAAAAUAUAGAUCUAUCCGGAUUGGAAACACAGCUUUUUCUACUAGACUCUUGCCUGUCAGAGGAGCUGUUGAAUGUUUAUUUGAAAUGGGCUUUGAAGAGGGAGAAACACAUCUCAUCUUUCCUAAAAAAGCUUCAGUGGAGCAGCUGCAAAAAAUUCGUGACCUGAUUGCCAUAGAGAGAAGUAGCAGAUUGGAUGGCUCAGAUAAGAGCCACAAAGUAGAGUCAUCUCAGCAACCUGCAGCCAGUACCCAGCUUCCUACAACACCGUCUUCAAAUCCCAGUGGGUUAAACCAGCACACAAGGAACCGUGAAGGACAGUCACCAGAUCCACCAUCUGCUUCGACGGUUACUCCUGAUUCAGCCAUUCUAGGAGUUCUUCAGUCCAACAUUCAGCAUGUGCUGGUCUAUGAAAAUCCUGCUCUUCAGGAGAAAGCAUUAGCUUGUAUUCCAGUCCAAGAACUAAAAAGGAAAUCACAAGAAAAGUUAUCAAGAGUUAGAAAAUUGGAUAAAGGUACUAAUGUAAGUGAUGAGGAUUUUCUUUUGCUGGAGCUUUUGCACUGGUUUAAGGAAGAAUUUUUUCACUGGGUGAAUAACAUUUUGUGCAGCAAAUGUGGUGGACAGACUAGGUCUAGAGAUAGAUCAUUACUACCCAAUGACGAUGAGCUGAAGUGGGGCGCAAAGAAAGUGGAAGAUCAUUACUGUGAUGCCUGCCAGUUCAGCAAUCGAUUCCCAAGAUAUAAUAACCCUGAGAAACUUUUGGAAACAAGAUGUGGACGGUGUGGCGAGUGGGCCAAUUGUUUUACACUGUGCUGUCGAGCUUUAGGAUUUGAAGCUCGCUAUGUUUGGGAUUACACAGACCAUGUCUGGACAGAAGUCUAUUCUCCUUCUCAGCAGCGGUGGCUACACUGUGAUGCAUGUGAAGAUGUCUGUGACAAGCCACUUCUUUAUGAAAUAGGAUGGGGCAAGAAGCUUUCCUACGUCAUAGCAUUUUCAAAAGAUGAGGUAGUUGAUGUUACUUGGCGAUAUUCCUGUAAACAUGAAGAGGUGAUUGCCAGAAGAACUAAGGUUAAAGAAGCAUUACUUCGAGAAACUAUUAAUGGGCUUAAUAAGCAGAGGCAACUGUUUUUGUCAGAAAACAGAAGGAAAGAACUUCUCCAGAGGAUAAUUGUGGAGCUUGUUGAAUUUAUAUCUCCCAAAACCCCUAAACCUGGAGAACUUGGGGGAAGAAUAUCUGGGUCAGUGGCUUGGAGAGUAGCCCGAGGUGAAAUGGGUCUACAGAGAAAAGAAACCUCGUUUAUUCCCUCUGAAAAUGAGAAGAUUUCUAAACAGCUCCACCUUUGUUAUAAUAUUGUGAAAGAUCGUUAUGUUCGAGUUUCAAAUAACAAUCAAACCAUUUCUGGAUGGGAGAAUGGUGUGUGGAAAAUGGAAUCUAUAUUCAGAAAAGUUGAAACAGACUGGCACAUGAUAACAAUCUUCACUCCUAUGCUGAUUUUUCUGGUGCCACUGAAGUUAUUUUGGAAGCAGAAUUAAGCAGAGGAGAUGGUGAUGUCGCUUGGCAACACACCCAGCUGUUUAGACAAAGCUUAAAUGACCAUGAAGAAAAUUGUUUGGAGAUAAUUAUAAAAUUUAGUGACCUUUGAGAUCCUGAACAUUAUAGAAAAGCUAGCAAUAAUCAAGGACUUACUAAAGUAGUCUGUUGGUUCAGUGCAUGCUUAGUUGGCAGUUACCACCCUGUGCUAGCAUAUUUCUUUUGCUAGCUAUCCAUGUAACCCUCAUGAAAAUUAUCUUUAUACUGUGGACUAUAAUAAAAUAUUGAAUUAAAAACUUUCUUCCAUAUGUGACUAUAAUUUGGAGUAAAGUCUCAUUGACCCAAUAUGGGAUUUUAAUCUGAAAACUGUAAGUAUAGUUUUAAAAGUUAAAUAAUGAUAUUCAUGAUUAAAUGCUAUUCAUGAUUAUGAUAAAAUCUUGGGCUUGUGAUAGUAAUUUGACAUUUUCUGAUCAGCCAUUCAUUUCUUCAGAAGUGGUUGAAUUAGUCUCCUAAUAUUUUUAAUUUUUAAUUAAUGUGAAAGUACAGUAUCUCAUACAUUAUAUAAUGCAUGAAAAUUUAUAUGAUUAUAAAUAUGCAGGCAUUUAAGAAAUAAAAUGAAUUAUUUUGCCUUA